AACCCGUCUCCCAAGACUAACAUCAUCAACUACCAUCGCCGUGGCCAUCGCAGUCUCCUCCCUGCGCAACCGUCGCGAUGGCUCCCGCACGGAACACGCCGUUCCGCUCGGCGGACAUGAGCAUGGUUCAACUCUACAUCUCGAAUGAAAUUGGCCGCGAAGUCGUCAACGCUCUAGGCGAACUUGGCCUUGUCCAGUUCCGCGAUCUCAAUGGCGAUUUGAGUGCCUUCCAGCGGGCCUUUACCCAGGAUAUCCGCCGCCUCGACAAUGUCGAACGCCAGCUUCGUUAUUUCCACGCCCAGAUGGAGAAGGCCGGUAUCCCUCUUCGCAAACUCGACCUGGAUGUCGACACACUGGCCGCGCCGACGACCACCGAGAUCGACGAGCUAGCCGAGCGCAGCCAGAGCCUAGAGCAGCGCAUCUCCUCACUGAACGAGAGCUACGAAACGCUGAAGAAGCGCGAGGUGGAGCUGACGGAGUGGCGUUGGGUUCUUAGGGAGGCCGGGGGGUUCUUCGACCGCGCGCACGGCAACGUGGAGGAGAUCCGGGCCUCAACCGACAACGACGAUGCACCUCUGCUGCGUGACGUAGAACAGCACAUCGCGGCGCCCGAGGUCGAGCGGUCCUUUUCCGGCAUGAACAUCGGCUUCAUCGCCGGCGUCAUUGCCCGGGACCGCGUCGCUGCCUUUGAGCGCAUCCUGUGGCGGACCCUGCGUGGCAACCUCUACAUGAAUCAGGCCGAAAUUCCCGAACCGCUGAUCGACCCCGCCAACAACGAGCCUGUGCAGAAGAAUGUCUUUGUUAUCUUCGCCCACGGAAAGGAGAUCUUGGCCAAGAUCCGGAAGAUCUCCGAGUCCAUGGGCGCCGAUGUGUACAACGUCGAUGAGAACAGCGAUCUGCGGAGGGACCAGGUGCACGAGGUGAACGCUCGACUCCACGACGUCCAGAGCGUGCUCCGCAACACCCAGCAGACGCUCGAAGUGGAACUCACCCAGAUCUCGCGCUCUCUGUCGGCCUGGUUGGUCCUCGUCAGCAAGGAAAAGGCCGUGUACAACACACUGAACCUCUUCUCCUACGACCGCGCUCGCCGGACCCUCAUUGCCGAGGGCUGGUGUCCUACGCACGACUUGCCACUCAUCCGGUCGACCCUGCAGGACGUGACCAACCGAGCUGGCUUGUCGGUACCGUCCAUCAUCAACGAAAUCCGAACCAACAAAAAGCCGCCGACAUACCUCAAGACUAACAAGUUCACCGAGGCUUUCCAGACCAUCGUCAAUGCCUACGGCACCGCAACGUACCAGGAGGUCAACCCUGCCAUCCCCGUCAUCGUCACCUUCCCCUUUCUCUUCGCCGUCAUGUUUGGCGAUCUCGGCCAUGCCCUGAUCAUGCUGUGUGCCGCGCUGGCCAUGAUUUACUGGGAGAAGCCGCUCAAGAAGGUUACCUUUGAGCUGUUUGCCAUGGUCUACUACGGUCGGUACAUCGCUCUAGUCAUGGCAGUCUUCUCCGUCUACACCGGGCUCAUCUACAACGACAUCUUCUCCAAGUCCAUGACGCUGUUCAAGAGCUCGUGGGAGUGGGACGUGCCGCCCGACUACCAAACCGGUCAGACGGUGACCGCGAGGAUCCGGGACCCCAACUACCGGUACCCGUUCGGCCUGGACUGGAGGUGGCACGGCACCGAAAACGACCUCCUUUUCUCCAACAGCUACAAGAUGAAGAUGAGCAUCAUCCUCGGCUGGGCGCACAUGACGUACUCGCUCUGCUUCUCGUACAUUAACGCCCGCCACUUCAAGCGGCCCAUCGACAUCUGGGGCAACUUUGUCCCCGGCAUGAUCUUCUUCCAGUCCAUCUUCGGCUAUCUCGUCGUCUGCAUCAUCUACAAGUGGUCCGUCGACUGGUUCGGCACCGGCCGCCAGCCCCCUGGCCUGCUCAACAUGCUCAUUUACAUGUUCCUCCAGCCGGGCUACAUCGACAUCCCGCUCUACCCGGGCCAGAAGUAUGUCCAGGUGGGGCUGCUCCUGCUCGCGCUCGUUCAAGUGCCCAUUCUCUUGUUCCUCAAGCCGUUCUAUCUGCGCUGGGAGCACAACCGCGCCCGCGCUAAAGGCUAUCGCGGGAUCGGCGAGCGUUCGAGGGUCAGUGCGCUGGACGAGGACGAUGAUGAUGCGAACGGAAAUGCGAACGGGAGGCCGAGUGUCGACAGCGCCGGCGAGGGCGUCGCUAUGAUCGCGCAUGAUGCGGAUGAUGACGAGGCUGGUCACGGGCAUGGGGAGGAGUUUGAGUUUGGCGAGGUCAUGAUCCAUCAGGUUAUCCACACCAUUGAAUUCUGCCUCAACUGCGUUUCGCACACGGCCUCGUACCUCCGUCUCUGGGCCCUCUCGCUCGCCCACCAGCAGCUGUCGGCCGUGCUGUGGUCUAUGACCAUGGACAUCGCGCUCAAGGGGACGGGGGUCGGCGGUGCCAUUUUCCUGGUGGUCGUGUUCGCCGCCUUCUUCUGCCUCAGCUGCAUCAUCCUGAUCAUCAUGGAGGGUGUGUCGGCCAUGCUGCACUCGCUGCGUCUGGCCUGGGUCGAGUCCUUCUCCAAGUUUGCCGAGUUCGGCGGGUGGCCGUUCGCGCCCUUCUCGUUUAAGCAGCUACUAGAGGAGACGGAUGAGUUGAAGGAGUUCCUAGGGUAACAGAUUGUUUCUAUAGGGUCCGAGUCGGGGUGUGUGCGAUUUGUAGAAGUAUAAUAGUUGUUAGCAUGCAUUGCAAUAGAGUAGCAAUCUGUUUUCUCAUACAGUGUACAGUGAGGUGAUCUUGCCGAUGCUUGGGGAUGAUGUUGUGUGAUGGCCUGCCUCGUGCUGUGAUCUUACAACUAAGCAGGCAGGGGAUGUUAUUGCGGUUUUUGUUUUCUUUGCGAUUUCUUUCGUUUUCUAUAGCGUCUGGUCUAGUCAGAUGGUUGCCCCCUAGGCUAGACAGAUCCUCAAAUACCUUAGAUAUCUACUCACACCUGCAAAUGGCUAGUUGCCGGCUUGCCUUGUUAGGCCAUGUUCCAAGAUAACCUUUCCUCUCAGUGAUCCAUGGUAAAGGGUAUGAGCGAGUUCACGCAGCUGAGCACUGUGGCUGAUGGAUUCAAG